AUGUUCCUCACCCCUAAGAUAUUUAUUUUCACAGCGCUCACAGCGCUCGUGUUGUCGUUUCUUUACGCCGACCUCACCCGACUGCCGUCGGCGGAGGAGGCCCAGGAAAGUAUUGUGAAACUACUUAGCAAGAGCGAAGACUGUGUGUUGUGUGGCGAUGUGCUACGGAGCUUGGAUGUCUUCCAGCAGGCACAGAGCAAUCCCAUCAUGAAGGCCACGGAGGGGUACGACAAACCACAUAGCGCCUUUAUCCGGUCCUGUGAAGAGGAUCCGAGCACACUUGGCUGUGACACGGCACUUGACCGACACCGAGUGGAGAAGGCAAAGAGGGCCGCAUUGAUCAUCACAAGCGUAGAGCAGUCGUCGAAUGCGGUAGUGGCUGGCCUCCUCCGCCGCCGCUACAAGGACUUUAUGGGAUAUAUUUUGGCAGAAAAGCAGCAAGAGCAGUGUGCGACGUGUAUUGUGGAGGACGGCCCAUCACCAAGGUUGGUGGCGAACCCUAUCAAUGAGGUGCUCUUGGGCUACGUGUGGUACCUUCUUUACCCCAUUAAUGAACGUCACCGGGCGUUCUGCUGGCAGCACUGUGAGGGGGUGCUUACCGUCUCUGAGAGGCUGCAUCUUUGGAUGUUGCGUUUUUACUUGGUGCAUGGAAUUCGAUUUAGAUUGAUUGCAUUGCAGCAGGAACACGGGACGAUUUUUGUUCUGCUAGUGCAGAUGUUGGUUCUUUGGACAGUGCUGCAGAGGUACGUUGGUGAGGCGCGAGGGACGGGGGUGGGAAUUGGUAAUGGUGGUGGUGGUGGUGCUGUUGGUGGCAUUACCGUCACGAGCGUUACGCCUAACGGUCAGAUGGAUAUAAGUACGGUUGCCGCAAAGGCGUGUGCUCGUCGGGCCGUAUUAGCGCGAGGUAAAAGUGGCGGAGGGAGAAGAGACUAG